AUGACAGCCAAGCAUCGGAAAGGGAAAAGCAGCAACCACAGACACGAAGAUAACUUCUUAAAGCAUGACUCGCCGGAGGCUGAGGUUCCCAGAGGAGGAAGUCAUUAUACUCUAUUGUUCAUUUUAUUUCUGAUGGUUGUCAUCGGGGGCGUCACCGCCGCGUGGUUCUGUUUCCAGCAGCACCAAACUAUCAGCUACCUCGCAGAAAGCGUUAUGGGCAUGCAGGGCAAGAUUAUGAAGCUGCAGUCUUCUCUGGAGGAAAUCCGACAAUCACAGAAGCCUUUUCCAGAGGGUCUGCAGAAUCGCCUGGACAACCUAGAAGAGUCCUAUGCACUAGCCCAGAAACAGGUGGGCAUAGCCUUGGCCACCGCCGAACAGCUCAAGACGACCGACCUACCUUCCCAGGUGCUUUCCCUCCACACCGAAAUGAAAUCCCGUCUGGCGGAGGUGCAGCAAGACACCGUGUCUAUGGAGCAGCUGAGCCAGCUGCAGGCCAUGCUGCAGGACAAGACUGAGGAGUUUGAGAGCACAGGGCGGCAGCUGGAGGGCCUGGCAGCGCUGAACAUCGAGCUGUCCAUGAAAGUUGAGACCUUGACAGAGAAUCUGGGACAAGCGGAGUCCAAGCUGGAGGACAAGGCUGAACUACUGGCGACAUUGAGCGCCACCUUGGAUGAUCAGGCCGCUGAGCUUUCAGGGUUCAAGGAACAGCUGGCCACAUACGGAGAACAGCUGGAGACCAGUACACUGGAGAUGGCUACUGUCAGAAAGCUGUUGGAGACUGAGCUGGUCCAGCAGGCCAAUAUGGAGGAGCAUCUCAGCAGGCCUGGUGGGGACACUCAACCUUUUCCUCAGACUGAGGAAGACAUAAAGGAAGAGGAAGAAGAGGUUGCUGCCGUAGAGGAGGAUGAGGAGAAAGUGGCUGUCAUGGAUGCAAUUACUUUGGAGCAGGAGGACUCUGUGACAAAUGAAGGGUCUGCUCCUGCAGAGGAGGUUGGGCAUGGGGCUGUAGUGGUGGAAGAGGAAAUGGACCAGGUGAUGGAGGAGCAGUCAGAGCAGGAGGAUCUGGCAGUACCGCCACGGAAGGAAGCAGCGGGCGAGAAAUGGCAGGCAGAGGAAGUUGUUGAAGUCAAGGAAGGUGAGGAUGAGACACCUGGUGGAGAGGAAAUGACGGAUGAGCUCCCUGCAGAGGAGGACAUGGACAAAGGAGGAGAGGCAGUAGAGGAGUCACCGCUUGAGGAAGAUGACCACAAAGUAGUGGAAGAAGAGGUGUCUGAAAAGGAGGAAGAACUUAUUGAAGAGGAGAGUAAUGGUAAAGAGGAGUUGAAAGUAUCUGAAGAAGAGGAAGAGCAGAAUGAGGAGUAUGAAGAAGAAGAAGAAUAUCAAUCAUUUUAUGAGGAAUAGUGCUGUUUUGCAGAAGUCCCAGUCUUCUCCACCUGCCAAACUCACAGAGGAGAAUGGACACUUGCAGUCGGUGACAUGACGAAUAUGAAGGCAACGUUGAUGCAGACGUCUCCGAGCAUCAUGCAUUUUAUGAUCUCUCUCUGACAAAAAAAGACCCAGUCACAAGUAUUCAGUCAGAGUCGAAACUUUGUAUGAGUGGGGGAGCUGUCACGCUGAGCAAUAAGAAAUUCAGGGUUUCCUGCCAAUACCAACCUCAAGAGCCUUAAUCUAUUCUGAGAAUACAGCUAGCUGUCUUUCUGCAGUGUUUUCCACACGUCAAAAAAAAAAAACCCAUCACUAUUGUUGCUGGUUUUUUUUUU